GUCUUGUGGUUUUGAUCUGUCAGCAGCGCUGAUCAGCUCGCCGCCCUGCUAGGCAGUAGCAUUAGCUUUCGUGAGGAACUCUCGAAGCCAUGUCAAUCACGUACCAAUUCAACGUCGCCAUGAGCUGCGGUGGCUGCUCCGGCGCUAUCAAGCGAGUGCUCGACAAGACUGAAGGCAUACAGCAGCAUACGGAGGAUCUGCCGAGUCAGCUCGUGACGGUCGUCGUGCCUUCGAUAGAGACGCCCUCGUUUGAUGUCAUUCUGGAGAAGAUCCGCAAGACAGGCAAGACCAUCCACUCGGGCGGCGUGCAAGCGCCCAGCAAUGCGAACGAGAUCACACCCUUGACUGAGAAGGACCAGCUUAAGCCGGAUUGGAAAGCCAGCCUGCUUAAUGCAGUUGCAGCCCACUAGAUGGCCCUUAAUAGUCUUUGCAUGUCGCAAUCACUUUGUACAUGUACAUGCAUUAUCUACGAUCCACGCU